GAGAGCUGGGUCACUGGAUGGGGCAGACUACAACCUGGAGGCCAGGUUCCUGACAUACUGCAGGAGGUGAUGAUACCAGUUGUGAAUAACAGUGCCUGUGCUAAUGCUUAUGGAGGGGUCAACAUAAGCAUCACAAGCAAUAUGAUUUGUGCUGGAUUGUUAAAUCAGGGAGGAAAAGAUUCAUGUCAGGGAGACGGUGGAGGUCCAAUGGUCAGCAAGAGCGGCUCCCUGUGGAUUCAGUCCGGCAUUGUGAGUUUUGGUAAAGGAUGUGCUGAGCCCAAAUAUCCUGGUGUGUACUCCAGAGUGUCUCAGUACCAGGACUGGAUCAAGUCUAACACAGGCAGCAACCCACCUGGAUUUGUUGAAUUCAACACUGAAAAGCCAACAUCCAACUCCAACUUCGGAAGCGUUCCCAACCUCCUCUUAUUCCCCCUUUCUCUCACAUUCUCCCUCAUUCCUGUCUCCCUCUCUCUCUUCCUAAAGACUGUCUGA